CGCCACAACAAGUACUGAAACACAAGUCUCUGUUUCCCCUUCAGCUUAACGCUCCAGCUCAUCUUGUAAAAAUUAAUACAUAACAAUUCAUGCCAUUAUGUUUAUUCCAAGGGUAAGUCCAGGGGGCUGUCGGACAGAAUUGAUUCCAAGUCUUACUUAGGAUUGCCUUUGGCCUGUCCUGUCCUGUCUUUAAAGCAAAUCAUUUGUACUCUAUUAAUGAUUUAUUUUGCUUGAAUUCUUCAUAUUGAUAUCACUAGAGCAACUAAAUAAUAAAUGUUUCACAUUCUCGACAUCCUCAGGCGAUAUCACAUAAACAGUCUAAAAACCAUAGAUUUGGAAGGAAAUAUUGAUUUCCUCUUACACCCUACACUGAGGGAAACAAAAUCACAUCGAAUCAAUUGCAGAACUGUCUGCGUGAAAGUGCAGAUAACAGCAGAAAGAAGGAGAAAUCAAUAUUGUAGACUAUUUGUGUUUUCCCCUGAAUGUCUUUCAUAGGCUACAUGGCUGAAAGAACAACAACAAAACCAUCAACAUACAUCAGUUAAUUGAUAUCUGAGACUAUAUUGACUGACAUGUUUUGUUAGUUCAAGGACAGACAGGGUUAUCUUACAGCACCAUGGACCAAAUACGAUUUUUAUGACCAUAUCUGUGCCGCUAUAGGCCUACUUUAUUGGUUAAGGCAGCAUAUAAAACUUAGCAUACAUUAAGUUGUACUUUUACACAUCCUAUUAAAAGACCAGUCUUAAAAAUGAUAAGAUUUACCUUUUACAACAGGUCAAAGGUAAAAAAGAAGCAAAUAAAAAUGAUGAAACACAAUAAUAUGACAACAACAAAAAAAACAGACAAAAUAAAAAUUAAAUAGCUAUAUUAUGCACUAUACAUAUUUUACUUAUGCACUGGUUAAUUCUACAGGGUAAUUGCAAUUCACAUGGUGUAGUAUUGUACUUGAGAUUAAGAAAAAAAUCAUGAGAAUUCAUACAAUAUUAAUAUAAUUAAUAUUAAUAAUUAAAGAGACAUCUUUACCAUGUGUGCAUAGGCUGAAAUUAGGACUGCUUCAAGAAAUGCUGUUUUUCUUCUGCUUCGUUUUCCAUUAAAUUUGUGACUAUUUAAUCCUUAAAUAGGCCUGAAACAAGUCACAUUAAGUUAACCUGAUAAACCAACACCUGUGGACACGUAAUUUAUAAAAAUAUCCAUCUAAAUAUCAGUUUCUUGUAGGCUAGAUGAUUAACUGUAACUGAAGAAUGUGAGUUAAAAAUUAGGACUGCACAUUUUGUUUUUCUCAAUUUAUGGUCCAAACGUGUGCAUGCUGUAAACAUGUCUCACCAUGUGUUUAAUGAUGAGAAACCUUUCAGUAAAACUUUGUACAAAACCGGGACUGUAGUCGGAAGUUGCUGACGAUUUGCUGCUAUAUUCUCAAUGAAUUCUUCCAUUUUAAAGAUAUAAUUUAAUUCUUAAAAUUAGGCUAAAAAUUAAACCAGAUACCUGUGGUCACUUUAAAGUAAGAAAUAUACCAAUCCAGUCGUAUCACAUUUUUAUCUCUUGAAUAGUUAGAAUAUUUGUGUUGCCAGCAGAGAGGCGCUGUGAGAAAAGAUGAGGGGAACAUGAGCUGGAUGUCGCUCAUCGCUUCAGGAAGUUAUUGGGAAUGAUGAAAUGACAUCACCACAGUUUUUUCCUGGCUUUGUUUGCCGCUUCUUCUGACCACGCCUUCUUGCCUGCUCCAUCAUAAAGCAGCCAGGCCGUGCAUGCGUGCACCAGUUGAACUCCAGUCAGAGUGGACAACAGGUGCACUCCAGCCUCCCUCCACCUCGCUGUUGGAUGAUGCGCCGCUCGUCGCUUUGCGCAGGGCUUCCUCGUCGUCUGCACUUUGGACAUUUGCACGUUUUUGUAUCCUGAUCACUUCCAGCCACAAGAUGCCUUUUCCGCCUAUCAGCCUCCACCAGCGGAUCUCCUCUCCUGGCAGGGAACUAUUCGGGAAAAAGAAAGCCAACGGAGUGCCUCCUCACACUGAGCUCACCAGCAAAUCCGGCGGAGAGAAAACGGGCUCCGAUAAGGAGAAGCAGUCCUCUUCUUGGACAUCGGCGAAUUUAAGGAAUUUGGGGCGAAAGCAAGAAAAGACUAAAAGCCCGUCAGCUCAGAAGGCCGGUGCCGGCCAGGAGACGCAGGGCAAGAGCUCCUGGCUGUCGGUACCCAAACCUCAGGACUCAUCUGAAGGAGUAAGGCGCUCCAGCUCCAUGGACUCCGCCAGACACCUCCAAGGCAAAGAGGAAGGGAAGAAGGAGAUCCAGUUUACUCUCAGUCUCACCCCUGAAGCCAUUCUUGUCAUCCAAAAACGCAAUCUAGAAAAGCAGAUGAUGGCAAAGCAGCAGAAAUGUUGCGCCUCCGCGGACUUCCGGCACAGGCGAGUUUUUCCAUCCAAAAAGGCGCACGGAGCGUCCAAGGGCUGCGCUCCCGUCGCCAAAGCGGAAAGCGCCGAGCAGGACAUCACCGCCAUCGUUAAAAUAUCUCUUUUGAACGAUCAAUACAAGUACGACGAUGUGGAGUACGAGGAAGAGGACGGAGACGUGGAUGAGACUGUAGUGAGGAAAUGUAAAGAGUGGCUCAAAGGGGUCGAGAAUGCUGCUGCUUUGGGAAAAGUCGACAAACUUUCUGCACUCCCGCACCUUAAAGGCUGCUGACACCUGACUUGCGAUAUUUCAGUUUUUAAACAGCAGACUGAAGAGAUGAUGGACUCAUGAAAUGUGUGCACCGAUGUAGGCCUGCUGCCAUGGCAUCUUAAUGUGAAUCUUGUAAAUUUAACACAUGAGGGAGAAAAUCCACUCCAAAGGAAUGUCAAUUUGUUUGGGAGAUAUUUACCAAAACAGCUGUCACGAAAAUUACACUUAUAGAAGAAAAUAAAUGAGUAUUGUAUUUGAAUAUGAAGAAAUUUGACAUUCUAAUCUACAAAAUCUGAUUUUAAAGCUCCAUUGCAGCCAGCAGUGCUUCUUAUGGUUCACAGGGAUGUUGUUUUGCCAGUUUAAUGCCUGUUUAAUGUUUUGUUAAAGUUUGAACUGAAUACCUUAAUAUUCUCGUCCUUUGCACAUGGUUUUUGUUUUCAGUGGGGCGCCAGUGGAUUGGCAGAGGGGUUUGCGUAAAGGGACGUGAAACCGUUCCUUUGUGCAGGAGAACAAUAAGCUGUCAACAACAGGGUUUUUCUUUCCAUGCGCCUGCUGCUGAAACCAAACUGGACUGUUUAUUUUUCCUCUAAUAAGAGGGUCAUACCCUUUGUAGGGGUCUAUCAGCAAUGUACAGUAUUUAAUAUUUACUAAAUAUUUGUACUGUCAAAUGUUUUCUCAGCUGAUGCCAUUUGAAGUAAAAUUGUUUUUUCCAAUUA